AAGUGGAAGCUCGGCAAGCUCAUCGGCUCCGGGAGCUACGGCACCGUGUUCCAGGGCCUGCGCCUGGACACGGGCGCGCUCAUCGCCAUCAAGACGCUCAUCCUGCCGGCGACGCACGACGAGCGCGACGCGCUCCGGGAGAUCGAGCAGCUCCACGGCGAGAUCGAGGUCAUGUCGAGCCUCCGCCACGAGAACAUCGUCGAGUACCUCGGCGCGGAGAUCGAGGAGGCGGACCGGAAGCUCCACAUCUUCCAGGAGUGGGUGCCCGGCGGGUCGCUGUCCGCCGUCGUGCGCACCUUCGGCGGGCGCCUCGACGACGACGUGAACCGGCGCUACCUCGAGCACUGCCUCCGGGGCCUCGUCUACCUCCACGAGCACCGCGUCGUCCACCGCGACGUCAAGGGCGAGAACGUGCUCAUCUCGGACACGGGCGUCGCCAAGCUCGCGGACAUGGGCGCGUCGAAGCGCAUCCACGCCGAGGGCACGCUGUUAGACACGGAGAGCUCGCUCAAGGGCACGCCGUACUUCAUGGCGCCCGAGCAGAUGCGGCAGAAGCGCGUCGGCCGGCGCGCGGACGUCUGGGCCAUGGGCGGGCUCGCGCUCCUCAUGGCGACGGGCGACCCGCCCUGG